AUGGCGAAAAGGAAGAAACCCUUCAAAGAUGGUGAAUUCGUAGAAGAAGCAUUUCAAGAAGCUGCUGACGAGUUGUUUCAUAAUUUCAAGAACAAGUCUGAAAUAGUUGCUGCCAUCGAAUUCAUUCAACUUUCAUCAAGAACGGUCACAAGGAGAGUUGAAAAAAGGUCUAAUGAUGUUUUCUUUCAACUGAAAACAGAUUUGGAUGAGUGCUGUUAUUCUUCAAUGCAAUUAGAUGAGUCCACUGAUGCAACAGGUACUGCUCAGUGGCCAGUUUUUGUAAGGAUGGUUUUUAAUAACUUUACUGUCAAGGAAGAACUUUUGAAAGUAAUUUCUUUGAAAGGCCAUACAAGAGGAGAAGAUAUAUUUUUUGCCAUGAAGCAACUCAUUCUAUCAAAGAAAAUACCUAUCCACGAGCUUGUAAGCAUUAGCACAGAUGGAGCCCCAGCCUUGAGAGGGUCUACAAGUGGUUUUAUUGCUCUGUGCCAAAGAGAUGAAAGUUUUAACUUAUCACUGUAUUUUACAUCAGCAGUCUCUGUGUGGAAAGUUUUUAAAUUUGAAUGA